AUGGUUAGAGCUCGAAGCAAAUCAGUGGUGCUGCAGAUCGCCAAUGACGUGCCUGCUUUAAGCAAUGGUGUAAAUACUAUACAUGAAGAAACUGAAAAAUUGACACCAACAACGUUUCGAAAAUCACGAUCCAAAUCAGUUUGUAUCAAUGAUGAUUGGUCUUAUGGAGACGAGGCCACAGAAGACCGAGCACAAACUCAUGCACAAAAACAUUCAUAUACUCAUACACAAACAAAUUUUGAACGAAAACGAGCGGAUAUAACAUUACUUGAUGAAGAAUUUACUGAUCAAUUUUGGAGGGACUACCUCAAUUCAUUCAACUACGAUUCUGUGUUAAAGCCAGACGAUAUCGAAUAUAUUAAUGACCAACAUUUGGACAAAGUGCUUGGGUUUCAAAGCAAUCUUCGUAUGAACCGAGCACGACUUGAUCAAUUUAUAACGCAAACCGACCAGCUUUUAGUCAAUGUUGAUGAUUUGUUUGACAAGUAUAGAAAAAUUAUCAGCGAAUCGCUCGAUUUCGAUAAUGCUGCAAAUGAAUUAAUCCAAAGACAGACACAGUAUGAGAAGAAAUUCGAAAACAUUCAUCGAUAUUUGCAGCACUUUGAGCAUUUGGACUUGAUUACAAAAAACUUGUCGAGAUCAGGCUCGCAUUUAUUAACACAAAAGAGACAAUUUUUCAUCAAUGAUAUCUUGAUCAAUCUUGACAGCUCAUUAGACUUUAUUGAAAAGCAUGAAAAUUUUCAGGAUAGUGAAUUAUACAAAAGCAGGUUCCGUCAGUGUAUGACAAGAGCUUUGACAUUGAUCAGGAAUUAUCUCAAUAAUGAACUACGUUCCAUCAGCGAUUCAGUUGAAAGGAGUUUGCAAGAUCCAAAGAAAACAGCUGGAAUUGAAUUGUUAUUGUAUAAUGAGUUUAAUAACUAUCUCAAAUUCAACCAAGAACCAUUUAAUGAGUUGAUAGUGGAGCUUGUUAAACGAUGUAUAAAUCACAGAGAGUAUAAUGGUCUUCUCAAUGAUAUCUUGCAAUUUUAUUUCCAAAUCCGUAAAAAGUUUCAAAAAGUUUACAUCGAUAAGACAUCUACAAUCAACGAGUUGUACAAAAGUCCACAAAACAAGCAAACAAACUUGGUUCAAGCAUGCCAGGAUCAAAUCUCAUAUUUCAAAAAGAUUAUAGAGAAGGAACAUUCACUUUUUAUCAAGUUUUUCGCUGUCACUUCGUUUGACGAGGAAACAAAGACAUUUGUUUGGGAUGAGUUUUACAGCUACUUAAAGGUUGUGAUGGACCCUUUAUAUGAUGUGAUUAGAUUACUAGUACUCAAGGAAUCUAAUAUUGGGACAUUAUGUGAGCUAACAACAUUGUUGCAAAAGUAUUAUGAGUUUGAGGAAGCCGAUAAUGGAAGUAUCGAUGCACAAAGCUACUUUAGCUUUGGCGGAGCUGGUAGUAGUGGCCACAGUAGCGACUUGAUCAAAUAUGGAGUACUUUUCCAGCCAUUGCUUGAUGACACGCUGAACAGACUAAUCUUUAGAGUCCAAAAAUACUUGGACAAUGACUUGAAAAACUAUAAACCAAAGCCUCUUGAUUUGAAAAUUGGCAAUAGAAAACAACAAACACAUACCAAAGACACAAAGAAAAACCAGUUGAAUAUCGAUUUUGAUGAAAACUUAUUACCAGAUGUCUACUUACCACUCGCCAAGGCAUUGUCGAUAUUAUCCAGCAUCUAUGAAUUGGUGAAUUCAUUUGUUUUUGAUGACUUGGCACACUACAUUGUCCAUACCUCAAUCGAGCUUUUGCGAGACGAAUACUUGCGAUUGGCAAUCGCCCAUAUGGGGCGAGACGAGGGGCAAUUAGCUUAUUUGAAAAACUUGAUUAUACUUCGUAACCAUAUUGCGAAUUUUGACAUUCAUUUUUACAGAAACGAUUAUACAAUUGACUUUACAAGUGGAAUUUCUGAUGUGUGGCAUAGCUUAAGAAAUCGUCAAUUUGAAGGGAAAAGUGUUACUGGAGCUUUUUUCAGUUUAGCGAAAAAAACCGUGCCCAAAGUUAUAAACAAUAUGAUGGAUGCCAAUCAAGAAAUAGAAAUGGAACUAAACAAUGCGGUAACAACAUACAUUACUCAAUGCUCAACAGAAAUCUGCAAACCGUUACAUGAUGAGCCAAAACCUACUAAGGAAUCCAUUACUGAAUUUAAAGACAAUUUAAUUAUCAAGAUUCCAAAUUACUACAAUCAAAUACGUAAUAUAAUUGAUGACCCAGUGGUAACCAAAUUUUUGAUGGAAAACUUAUCAAAUUUGGUUUUAGUUGCUUAUGAACAUUUUUUCAACUCAUUACCACCUGAUUACCAAAGCGAAGGGGUAGAGGAUCUCAUGGAAGUUGAUGCAUUAUAUGGCUUUAUCAAUGAUAUUAUACAGCAUCUAUAUGAUGAAGACGAGAACCAACAAAAAGCACAACAAUUUAAUGAAGAUAUUCUCCAAGGCUUGGGAUUGGAAGAUAAUGGUAGUGGUGUUGAUGCUGAAGUUGAUUUCAAGAUCCCAAAAGAUAAUGAACUGUCUCCAAUCGUUGAUGUUGAUCAUGGAAUAGGACAAAAUGAAAAUUUUAUUCUAGCUGAACCUAAUGAUGAAAAAUCUUCCACAGUCGAAGUGAGCGGUAAAGGAGUUUCACCUGAAGCUAUAGACCCACUUCUGUAA